CCCAACCAGGGAGAGGCGGGGCCAAGGCCAGGGCCUGACUAAACCUGGAAACUCGGGUGGCCGAGGGUCUUUAUUCCAGCUGAGGAGUGAAGAGCCGUAGGCGGCAGAGGGUCUCACAGCCGCUUAGGGAACUUCUGUGAUUUGUUGAAUCAGUAGGAUUUCUUAAAUAUAGUUUUUAGAACUUCAGCUAUAAAAAAUGGGUAGGAUUUUCCUCGAUCAUAUCGGUGGUACCCGCCUGUUUUCCUGCGCAAACUGUGAUACGAUCCUGACCAACCGCUCAGAACUCAUCUCCACUCGGUUCACAGGCGCCACUGGCAGAGCAUUUCUUUUUAACAAGGUAGUUAACCUGCAGUACAGUGAAGUUCAAGACCGGGUUAUGCUCACUGGCCGCCACAUGGUUCGAGAUGUGAGCUGCAAAAACUGCAAUAGCAAACUGGGCUGGAUCUAUGAGUUUGCCACUGAAGACAGCCAGCGUUAUAAGGAAGGCCGUGUGAUCCUGGAACGUGCUCUAGUUCGAGAAAGUGAGGGUUUUGAGGAGCAUGUACCAUCUGAUAACUCUUGAAGAAAAAGAGAUAAAUUCAUCUUUUCCCAGGUCUCCUUCACUGAAAACAAAAAUCUACUUACAUACACUGUCACCUUAGCAUCAGAGUCGGAUUCAUGAACUGCAGAACAAGAGGUUGUGAGAAUCUAUGAUGGAACAUUUCUUUCCUUCUUUUUUUUAAUUUUCUAUUUUCCAUCCAACAGCAGUGUGUAGAAAGAAUAUUAUGCAGACGCCGUUAAUUUUUUCCCCCUAUGUUUACAUCUUGAGACAGAAUAGUCUAUCUGCAGCUACAUGGUAGGCUAUGUGAGGGAAAAAAUCUGGGCUAUUACAGUGAAAGUGUCUUAUGUAAAUUUUGAAAGGAAAAUGUGUCAAGAGCAUGGUUUUUAAAAUUUAUUUGGGCUUCAUUUUAAACUUUUUUUAAAACCCAGUUAUUUCACUUGAUUUGCUAGUUUCAGAGAAGAGAUCCGAAUUUGUGACCAGCGCUAAAGGUUCAGUGUUAGUAUGGCUUGUGCUGGCCAUUGUGCCAUAUUCUUGUUGGAGAUGAACCGUAGCACCAGAGCCCAUUCUUCCUUGUCAGUCUUGACCCAAAGAUGUCACCAUUCCUAGUUACUUGUCACCACAUAAUUGGUGUUGAUCGGAAACUUUUCCUGAUAUGGGACAGAACUGCUUGGUUGUCUUUUCCAUGUAACUUAAGCAUAGUAAUAUAAAUAAAGUAAUAGUCGGA